AUCCACUCCAAGAAGCGAAUCAGGAAGCGAGCGAACGAGCGAGUAAAUUCUGGAAAUUUCUCAUUCCUUGGCCUUGAAUAUAUCGUCUCGUAGACCCCGCUCACUUUUCGACUGUUUGGGUCGGUUGAGUGGAUUAACUGACCGUGUUCCUGGGGAUCGAUCAAUCUCCGCCAGUUUCAGCUCCGCCCCCCCCCGUCUUGCAUCCCGUGAGCGCUGGCCGUUGGUUUCUUGACGCUGAACUAGGCGUGCCUUGUUCCCUGUUGAUUGCGGCUUUGACUUAGCUUUGACCACUAGCCCCCGCCCUCAUCAUGUCGUCGUCGUCGGGCUCGCCAUUUUCGAGUGCGCAAAUCCAACAAUUGCGCCAAUUUGUGGACGCCCUCAAACUCAAGCCCGAAUUUCUGUACGACCCGCAGCUGGGAUUCCUUCGCGAUUAUCUCAUCUCCUUGGGGGCGGUCUUGCCCCAGGUUCAGGCCUCGGCUCCGACCGAGCCGCGCGGCACGCCCAUGGACCAGUCGGCCACACCUGAGGCUCAGCCCGAGGUCCAGCCCAGCGCUGAUGAGCCCGAAACCGAGGCCGAGGAUCCCGAGAGCGAGGUCGAAUUAGACAUGACCGGUGUCAUAGAGCCGGAUGAGGAUGAAACUCAGCCCAUGGGCGACCCGGCCAAAGGCGAAUUGACCGAAGAGGACGAGGCUCAGUUCAGUGGUAAACGCAGCGAGGCUUUGGCCGCCUUUUCCGAAGGGGAAUGGAGCCAAGCGAUUGACAUCUUCACCGAGGCCAUCAUUCUCAAUCCGCAUAACGCCGUCGUGUUUGCCAAGCGUGGGGCCUGUUUCCUGAAACUUCAGAAACCCCAAGCUUGCAUCCGCGAUUGCGAUCGCGCCAUUGAGCUCAAUCCGGAUAGCGCUCCCGCCUACAAGAAUCGCGGUCGCGCGCAUCGUCUGUUGGGCAAUUUCUUGGAAGCCGCGCGCGAUCUGCGCCAAGCUUGCAAGAUCGACUUUGAUGAGCAAACCGACGAGUGGUUGAAAGAAGUCACCCCCAAUGCCAAGAAAUUGGAAGACCACGAGAGGAAAAAGGCCAGACGAAAUGAAGAGCGAGAGAUCAAAGCGAAGAAGGAACGACUUCGAAAGGCUCAGGAAGCUCGCGAAAAGGCUGCCAAAGAGGCAUCCUCGGGCCCAGGGGCUACCGGCAGUAUGCCAGGGGGAAUGCCCGGAGGAAUGCCCGGAGCUGGUGGGGCUGGAGCUGGUGGGGCCGGAUUGCCCGGUGGUUUGGGGGAUCUUUUAAAUGAUCCCGAACUGAUGGGCGCAUUAUCGGACCCGGAGGUGGCGACGGCUUUCCAAGACAUCAUGAGCAAUCCUGCCAACAUUAUGAAGUACCAGAACAACCCACGUAUUAUGAAGCUGAUUGAGAAGAUGGCCAAGGGAAUGGGAGGCGGGAUCCCCGGAAUGGGCGGUAUGCCCGGGGGAAUGGGUGGUAUGCCGGGAGGAAUGGGUGGUAUGCCGGGAGGAAUGGGUGGUAUGCCCGGGGGAAUGGGUGGUAUGCCGGGAGGAAUGGGCGGAUUUGGAGCCGGUGCCCCUGGUGCUGAACCAUCAAGUGGUGGUGGGGCUAACGCUACUCCAAAGCCACCAUCUGCCACGGAUGACCUGGACUAGAGACUCGGGCAAGCCAGCGAUGAAUUCGUUUGAUUGGCCAAACCAAUCCACUUGUAAAUCCUAGUCUUUGCUCCUCUAAUUAAUUACGAAGAGGUGUGACGGAUCAAGCCCGUCCCCGCGAUAAAUGCACAUCUGAUUCAAGAUAUGGAAUAACUUUUGUGUGUUUACUUUUGCUUCUCAAUAAAUGAAUUGAUCCUUUUUGGGUUUGCAAAUA